AUUUCAUCCCGUCCAACAACAAAAAUUCCCCUGCAAUCGCAUUUCUUGCAACAGCCACAGGAUUCUAAUUAUCACUAAUCAUCAUGGGUAACGGAGCCAAAGCCGCCUCUAAGCGUGAGCGCAAUGCCAAAGACGCAAAGGGUACUGCGAAGUCGCAGCUCAAAGCUAACGAAGCUGCCAAGGAUAUCAUCUGCAGCGUUUGCAGGCAGACUUUCCUCAAGACUACUCGUGGUCCGGCCCUGACUGAGCAUGCUGCUAAUAAGCACAGCAAGACGCUUCAGGAAUGUUUCCCUACUUUCGUGGAGGCUCCUAAGAAAUAAACGGGAGAUUGCCACUUUAGGUUGAUGUUUUCUAGUGCUUAUGUGGGGAUGUGCAUUCUUUCAGUUGCGGUGUUUUGGCUUUCUUUUCUGUGUUCACAGCGAAGGCGAUGAUGUAGCAUGAGUAUACCAUAGGGUAUUGAAUCGGAGCAUGACAGCGUGCGCUUUUAUCUUGUUCAUGUCGAAAGAGUCCAUAGUAGUUACGUAGUUGCACGAGAUUGAAGUUAGCCGUUGGUUAAUGGCUUAUAGGGGCCACAGAGCAUACAAUCACUGGCCGGGGUGUCUUUCAUAUUUGUCAGCUACGGAUCAAUGGAUAACUACAUGUUGGAAGGCUAGCUUUCCAGAAGUUCUUAGAGAUGGUUCUACUUCCUAUCUAGAUGUGGCCAUUGCAAUAGAUUAGGGCAUUAGUUGCUCUGUCCUUAGUACCAUCAACAUUUGUAUAGAAAUCCAAAUAUCUUGAUAUUUCGAAUAGCUUCAAUUCAAAAGGCAUCUCAUUUGGGCGACCCGCUCGAACGUGCAACUUGAUCGCUCGAGGGCAGCCCCGUUGUAGAGCAACAGCUUGAUCACCUGCUCAUUUCCCUGCAUAGCAGCAUAUGCC